AUGAAUGUGAAUACCGCUCCAGAAAUGGACUACUUUUCUUUCGGCUUUGCUACUGUGCGAGUUUGUCCCCGUGAGGGUGAUGAGCUCGGUUCCGAAAGCAACCCUAUAGUGAUCAGCGACUCGGAACCUCUUGGAUCGCCUUCCAAUCCUAUUGUCAUCCACUGCGAUGAAUGCAACUUCAGCACUGAUAAGCUGCCUGCCCAGCCCUCUUCCGAUGCUGACACCGAAAUCAUGUGCACACAAGAAUUUUGGAAUGCUGUGAUAAGUAAUAUUGAUUCUGACUCACCAAACGAGGAUUUGGAGGCUGGCUCCGGUGCUUCGCAUCCAGGCUUCGAUGAAUUCUCGAAAGGUGGCCCGCUAUCCCCAGGACAGCUGCUGGGUAGAGACAGAAGGGGCACUAUCGUGUCGAGUUUACAAGAAAGCGCUGCAGAGGAAUGUCAUGCUGAAAAACGGACCUCGUCUGAGAUUUCAGGUACAGUUCCUGCCAGCCAGGUUCUACCUUCUAUUUGCUCCAGCUCAGGGCAGAGCGAGGCGACCACUCAGCUGUCAUCAAGGGAGUUCCAAGCUGAGAACGUUGAACGGACUGACCGGAUGGAAGACGAGAUUGCACGAUUGGGAUCGCCUUCAAACUCCAUUGUAUCUCGCAUUGAGAAUGCCCCGACGAGUGAUUGUGCAAUAGAAGAAUAUGGUGGUUGGUUUGACGUGGAUCAUUUUCAGCAAAAGGAAACGAGAGAAUCCAGCGCCGAUCAGGUAGAGGUGAUAGACCUGACUUCGGUUCCCUGUCUCCACAAGAAAGAUAUCUUGACUUGGCCAGAAGAGAUCCAAUGCGCACUUCUUCGCAGAAUCGUAGCUCUCUCAGGCUUCAAUGUGACAUGGGCGAAACGCCCACCCACAAUGAAACAUUUUGGCCAUGUGCCCCUACUUAAAUGA